CAGAAUAGGAGCCCCGAUAAAAGUUCACAUGUUAACAUGCGCCCGCGUCGAUUAUUUAUCCAAAUAUCGCCUUCACAAGAAGUCCUCUUGCAGCGCUGAAUAUUAAUUAUAUAAAAUGUCGAAGUGCCUGUGCUCCCGUUGCUUCUUCUGCGUUGGUCUUCGGGCCGGCUGUGCGAUUAUAGGAACUAUUUUAGCGAUAUUUAAAAUGGUGGAGUGCUUUUGUAGUACAAUAGUUGCUUUUCAUUUGUACACUGCAGCUAUGAACGACAAGAGUCGGUAUAACAUUGAAGGUGGUGGGGAGAGGCUGGGAGCCUUUACUGUCGCAGCCUUCCACUGGAUCACCAUGUUGAUCGUAAGCGUUUUACUGGAGGGGUUGCGAAAGAGAGAUCCAAAACGCGUGUUCGGCUUCAACAUAUGUUCAAAAGUAGCUUAUGCUAUGUACAUACCAAUCUUCAUAGUCGUGGUGGCUAAACAUGGUGGAGACUACACACAGCACGAUUGGGUCAUUACAGGCUUGAGAGUGGGAGUCAUUGCCUGGUAUGCCUACACAAUACUUAUAGCAAGAAGUUAUCACCACGAGCUGACAAAUAAAGGAUCUAACAGAAAUCCUCACGUUUAACUAUGAAACAUUUGAAUAUUCAAACCGCUAUUAAAAGCAAAGAGGUCGCAACUACAUGAAUACUUCUUGCACGUUAUAAUAUAAAUAGCUCUUAAUGAAGCGCAACCUCCUUGAUGGUUUCCACCAGGUGUUCAACAUGAUGUCCAUUCCCCUCUCGAGGCCUGAGCUCUUACAAAAUAAUAAACAAUACAUCGCAUUAUGAAGGUAAUAAUUAGCUCAAUGGAUGAAGACGCGAAGCAUUCUGUGAACUUUACUCUUAUUUAUAAAGUAUUGUUAGCAACGUUGAACGCAGAGGGAAGGUUUCGAUCGUUCCGAUAAGUCGUGAUCGUGGUCGGUCGUGUACCUAAUUUUAAAAAUCGGGACACAUUCAUCCCAUUUUAUCGUGUUUCACUUCACUAAUUUGUGACCGUCCGAUUAAUUAAGGUUGUUUGCGUUUGACGUUAUUGUUGUAUAAGGA